AUGACCGAACAAGACAAUUCCUACCGACCACGAUCCCCUGAUUUUUCCACCUUCCAAUCCCCCAUCUCCCCUUCCGUCAACCACUCCGUCUACCCGUUUGGGAAUCCGCUCGCCCAUCGCGCUUCCUACGACGCCUCACCUUUCUUCACCCCGCAGUAUCAACAACAACCCUCGGCCCCGCCAAGCAGGGUUCCCCAGCAAUACAAUCAAUAUAAUCUCUAUCCCUUCGCCGACGCGACACAUUUACACCCGGAUAUGGCUCGCCGUUCGACGCGUAUCGCCCACCAGGCCGCCGAGGUCGCGCCGCAGCCCAUAUCCAAAUACAUCGACCCGGUGGUCUCGGAGGAAGAGGAGCCUGUCCGACCUCCUUCUCCUUCUCCUCCCCCACCUGCUCCUGUUGUUGCUCCCGUGGCGGUCCCCGUCGAGGUCAAGACCAAAUUCCCCGUUGCGCGCAUAAAGCGCAUUAUGCAGGCCGAUGAAGAUGUCGGCAAAGUCGCGCAGGUUACGCCAAUUGCUGUCUCGAAAGCCCUCGAGUUGUUUAUGAUCUCUCUCGUCACCAAAGCCGCCAAGGAAGCCAAGGAUCGCAACUCCAAACGCGUCACUGCCUCGCACCUCAAACAAGCCGUGGCCAAGGACGAGGUACUUGACUUUCUGGCAGAUAUCAUUGCGAAGGUGCCCGACCAACCGGCGAGUCGGAAACAUGAAGAUGAUGGCAGUGAUCAGAAUGAACAACCGAAACGAAAGAGAGACCGGAAUGGAGAACGGGCGCAUACUAUACUCUCUAGGCGUUGCGGUGGUGGGCAUGGGUGGGCUUGCAUCUCUCGCGAUGUGAACAGGUGGGGAUUGGGGAUUUCGCUCUUGUCCUUUUUCUACGUCCUGGUUGAUGUGACAAUCUCAGUGUUGAGCGUCGACUGGAACUGGCGCUCGAAAUGCGACGAAGAAGAAUACUUACUAAGAAUCAUGGACUUUUGGUCUCGUAUUAUCGGGGGCUCCCGCUCGCUCUCUACUAAGAGCUUUCGGGCAACUACUCCCACAGAGCGAUUGACCUCGUUCAAGCGAACGUGUAAUACUCUACAGCAAAUAUGGCGCUCCAGCAAUUCUCCCUCCGGCGAACAGUCCGCGACAGUCAACGCGCGCAACUGCAUUGAUCGGCUGAUUUCCGUCCUGAGCGACGAGUCCCGUGGCCCAGCCCCUCAUCCAUGCCUCGCAUACGCCUCCUCCUCGCAGAUCUUCGUCACCGUCACCAAACUCGCCCUCUCCUCCUACGACGAUGGCAUGCUCCGCUCUGCGACCGUGUUCUUCAACACUCUGAUCGAUUCUGAGGUCGACGGGGUGGUCGAUAACCGUCUCUUCGCGCGGGCGCUGGUGGAUCUUGUCCGGCGGGCGGACAAGCAUUCAGAAGAUGUGGAAGGGAGACUCGUCGAGCUUCUAUUCGGGGUGGCCAACAACAUCCGCCUGCAGCCCAAUAUCCUUCCGGCGUGGUUCGCUCCCCGAUCCGACGAGCAGGUACGGGAACAGCAGAGUACCAACGGGGCGGAGUUUGCCGGUGCCAUGAGAAAGGAUGACUUUCCGCUGUUCUACCUGCUGGUGGAAUAUGUGCACCACGCGGGCCGCGCUGGCGAUUUCGCUCGCACCGGUCUACUUUACCUGAUCGAGACGGCGUCGAGGUCGAAGAAUCUCGAGCGAUGGCUGAUUGAGAGCGAUCUGGCGACGUUGAUGGCAACCGGUCUGGGCGCGCUGUACAGCCAAUUGGGAAGCUUGACGUUCCCUGAGAACACAGAUGAGAACAUUCCGCAUAUCGUCGCUCUUUCGGACCAUGCCAAUCAAGAAACGGCUCUUCCCCCGCUGCUCGGCCCGUCGAUGGACUCGUUUAUGUCGUAUCUACUGUUUUGGCAGGACACGAUCGACCACUGCAAGUCGGCCGAAGUGAACGGGUCACUGUUGGAUCAUUUCCAGGUACUGUUCCUGGAACAGCUGCUGUACCCAUCGUUGCUCGAAUCUUCAGACGUCGAGGGCGGUUCGACGGCCGCGGUACUUACCUAUCUCUAUCGGAUUCUAGAGUCGGUGAAUCAAGAAGACCUUGUACACCGGAUUCUCCAUUUCCUUCUUGCCUCCCCCUCGGACUCAGAGCCCGUCACCAUCGACAUGUCUGCCAGUCGACGGAAGUCACUAGAUGUGUUGGCUGCGUUUUCCGAAGAAGCCGCGAGACCUUCACCAUCCUUAUUCAACCUCCGAGACCUGACUUUGCUUGGACUUCAGUCGGCUAAUCGUCAGACCACUUUGGCGACACUGCGUCUCAUGACUGUCGUGCUACAGAGACAUCACUCUUUUGCACGGUCGUUGGUCCGGACCGUCCCAGGUCAAUAUGCCAAGCAGCGGACCGUGGGCGCUCUGAACGUCGAGCUUCAAGGACUGCUGGGCAUGGCUACGUCAAUAGUCGACGACCCGACAUUAAAUGAUUCUUAUGACAACUACCUGAAGGAUGGGCUAGCGAUCCUAGAAUCCCGCCUUUGUAUGGCCCUUUCGGAGGACAACCCAGAAGACCACCUUCCUCUCGAACUUCGACAGGAUGACCCUAUCGUGCACGAGCUGCUCCACCGCCUGGGAAACUUCUUCACCAAUAGUGUAGUUGUGAACCUAGCCCUUACAGAGGUCUUGGGGAGUAUCGUUGCAUCACAUUUGAUAUCUCUUGAUGGAUGGCUUCUAGUAGAUCCGGCGAAAUAUGUCUACACAGCCGAAGAAACGGGCGCAUCCAAUCUUCUCGACCAAAUCAAGCAUGCUUACGAGGAACCAACGUGGGAUCAAGCCGACACGCCGGCUCUCAAGUCGACCCUUCAGAAGCUCGUGCAAAAAAUCCAAACCUGGCGUCAGGAGAUUCCCGAUUUCGAUAUCCUUGUCGCCGCGCGCCGGGACCUACUCCAUCAGGACGAUGAGCCGGCCCAGACCCCCAACCGUUCACAAGGGGGCUCCCAACCGCCCACCCGCUCUCCCUCACAACGACCGAUCCCGCGCGUUGAAUCUGAAUACGGCUCACCAACGCCCAGAGGCAGGCCCUCUAGUCGACCCUUCGAUCGAGCCACCGCCAGCCCCUCCCCAACUCGGAAUAGCUCCAGGGACUUUUUCUCCGCCCAAGACCCUCCCUUCCGACCCCCACGAGAAACCUCUGUCGCACGGAAGAAUGCCGCCGACGAACUCCGUCGACGGCUCGAGCAGCCAUUCGCAGUGAACCCUCUUACCCCAGGUGAAACCAUCACCACCGUCACCACCGACAACCUAACUGGACCCACUCCAACUGAGUCCACCUCGGCUGAGGGUGGGAGUUCCGACACCGCUCAGACCCUGGCCCCAACUCCGGCAUCCGAAGGUGUUCCUGCGCCUGAUGAACCCCCCACGAAUUCAGCCGUCCUCGACGAAGAGGAUGACCAGCAGGAAGCAACCUUGGGCCAUGUGCUGACCAACGUGAUCUUAUUAUAUGAGUUUCUCCUCGAGGUCUCAGCCAUCGUCCAAGCACGCGGAACCUUGUUUGAGGAGGCCGGAUACCCGGGUCUGGGGAUUGCUCCAGCAGCGGCUCCCCUCGAGAUAGAAUAG